CCACCGGAGCCUACCUACACGGUGCGGGAAACCGAGGUGGCGGCGGGCCAGGCCCCGGCUCAGGUGGACGAGCAGGGGGGAGAGCCCGCCUCCUCCCUGCCUCCUCCCUGUAGCCUGCACCUGACGGAGAGGGCGGACUGGCAGUACUCACAGCGGGAGCUAGACGCGGUGGAGGUGUUCCGCUGGAGGACGGAGAGGGGCUCCUGCCUGGGCUGUAUGUUCGUCCGCUGCGCCCCAGGUAGCCGAUACACAUUGCUCUUCUCACACGGCAAUGCGGUGGAUCUGGGCCAGAUGUGCAGCUUCUACAUCGGUCUGGGCUCCCGCAUCAACUGCAACGUCUUCUCCUACGACUACUCCGGGUACGGGGUAAGCAGCGGCAAGCCGAGCGAGAAGAACCUCUAUGCGGACAUCGAGGCGGCCUGGCACGCCCUCAGGACUCGAUAUGCUGUCAGCCCUGAGAACAUUAUCCUGUAUGGUCAGAGUAUCGGCACAGUUCCCACAGUAGACCUGGCCUCACGCUAUGAAUGUGCAGCUGUCAUACUGCACUCCCCUCUUAUGUCUGGACUGCGUGUUGCUUUUCCUGAUACUAGGAAGACCUACUGUUUUGAUGCCUUCCCCAGUAUCGACAAAAUUUCUAAGGUCAGCUCUCCAGUGCUGAUAAUCCAUGGAACAGAAGAUGAAGUGAUUGAUUUCUCUCAUGGCCUGGCAAUGUACGAGCGCUGUCCACGAGCCGUAGAACCACUCUGGGUGGAAGGAGCAGGGCACAAUGACAUAGAGCUGUAUGCACAAUAUCUAGAAAGACUAAAGCAGUUCAUUUCUCAUGAGCUGCCUAAUUCCUGAGAAAUUCCUCCAGUCUUACCUCAGUUACUGUGAAUGGCAGAAGCGACGAGUCUUAGAAGACAUGUCCAUUAUGGUGCUGGGCAAUCUCUUACCACUGCCCAAAGACACCCUCAGAGGGGUUGGAUGAUGCUGGUUAAGCAUCCAGCGGCACCAGUCUUUCUUUAUUUUUUAUUGUCUAUGUGCUAUCAGCUGCUGUAACUUAAUCUCAGCCUUUAGAAGAGUCCGGGUGGAUCUGGAACCUCUUUUUUUGUAGAGCACACUUUAUAUUCUGGAACAUGUUUACACAGCAUCAUUUUGAAGGACGCCAUUCUACCACGGGUUAACCCAGUCGCAAUAGCUGUGGGUCAGUUGGCUUUGUUUUCUGGAUCUGAUGUACAGCAUUACCUGAUAAUUCGUAUCAUCUUUAACAAAUUAUUUCUUUUUUUAAUUUAAUUUUUUUAUUUGAACUCAAUCAGGAGGAAAUUGCUUAUUUGGUGAAUUGUAUAAUGUGGUAUCUUGCUGGGGCAAUCUUUUCAUGAUUUGUAAUUCCCUUUUGCGGGUUUUUGUUUCCAAGAUGAUAUUUAUCCACAAUAAAUUAUUUCAAGUUAAUAUCAUGCAAGAAGACAACUGAAUAGAAUUCAUAAAUCAAUAAUUUAACACUAAGACAUUCUGAAUGCCACUCAUGGGCUGUUUGUGUAAGCAAAAUGUAAUGUUAAACUGUAAAUGUGAAGAUUUAUUUCUAGAAGAAUGAUCGAAGUUCAUCUGGUGUUCUGUUUUUGUGAUUUCUUUUUUCCUCCCAACGCUUUUGUUCUUGUCUCAUGUACGGUUAUUUUCUUUUUCAGCACUAGAAUCUUAUGGGUUUUGUCUUGUUCUGUCAUUUUUCUUUUGUCCUUAGAUACAGAAAUGACUGAUCUGUUUUUUAAACUACUUUGAAGGGUUUUCUUAAGUUUUUAUCCCUAAAUUAAUUUUUUGCUAUUAAGUGAUUUUUUUACGAUACUUUCUGGGAGAAGAAACUUUCUGAAGAAAAUUCAAAAUCCCCUUUGUAAUAUCUUUUCCCUUUUUGACACUGGAAAGGCACAAAAAUAUGUUUAAAGGGCAACACUGCAUUCUCUGGUCUGUAAAUUUGAGUCUUUGCUGGGGGUAUAAAGGCUCACUUGGUCUUUGGUUGCAGAGGCCAUAAGGGACUGCUUAUACAAUGCCUCCUGCAAUAAAGAGAAUUGUAGACCUGAAAUAAUAUACUGUGAGACUUUGUUUUGUCAAAUGAAAAGAAUAUGCUCUGAUUUUGUUUCUUGUUGCUUGAGGACAGUAUGUUGGAAUAAAGAAUGCAUGGAACGGAAAAA